AUGCGGCGAACGUGUUGUCGGGAUUUUCAAAAAAUAACCCCAUCAGAAAUGACAGCAGCAAACUCAGACAAAACGUCCGACAAGGAGAACGAUCCCGAUUCUGAUACUGAACCAGUCGCCAUUGGAGCCACCAGAACCACGGCUCAGCCAGCGAAGUCCACUACGGCCACGCCCACAAACUCAGGCGUCCAAGAUGCCAGCGGCAAUUCUCCGCUUAUGUUCCAGUCGUACGUUGAUGGCAAUGGGAAUGGCGUCUACAAGAUCAUUAAGACAGUGGGAAAGGGUAACUUUGCCAAAGUCAAGCUGGCGAUUCAUGUGCCCACCGAUCAGGAAGUAGCCAUCAAAGUAAUCGACAAGACUAAACUGAAUACAAGCGCCCGGGAGAAGCUUUACCGAGAGGUGAAGAUCAUGAAGCUAUUGAACCAUCCAAAUAUUGUAAAACUCUUCCAAGUCAUCGAGUCGGAAAGGACACUCUACCUGGUAAUGGAGUAUGCGAGUGGAGGAGAGCUCUUCGAUCAUCUGGUGAAGAACGGAAAGAUGAGCGAGAAAGAUGCCAGAGUGCUCUUCCGGCAAUUGGUGUCCGCGAUUCAGUACUGUCAUGGAAAGUCCGUGGUACAUCGUGAUCUCAAGGCGGAGAACUUAUUGCUGGACCAGAAAAUGAACAUUAAAAUCGCGGACUUUGGAUUCAGCACUACCUUCGAUCGUGAUGCCCAACUAGAGACGUUCUGCGGAAGUCCACCAUACGCCGCCCCUGAACUCUUCAGAGGCAAAAAAUACACCGGGCCAGAGGUGGACUCUUGGUCAUUGGGAGUCGUGCUCUUUACCUUGAUUAGUGGUUAUCUACCUUUCGAUGGUGGCACCCUCAAGGAGUUGCGCGAUCGAGUUCUUCAAGGUAAAUACCGUGUUCCCCACUACACCUCAAUAUAUUGCGAGAACCUGAUUAGGAAAUUCCUGGUUCUGAAUCCUGACAGGCGUUUAACCCUAUCGGCAGCCAUGGAGGAUAGGUGGAUUAAUAUGGGUCAUGACGAAAACAAUAGGUUAACUCCAUUCCAAGAGAAGUCCAUGGAUUUGCACGAUUUCCAUCGAUUGGAUAUAUUGAAGAGUAUGGGCCAUAAGCGGCGGGAUAUAGAGCAGUCGCUAAAGGAGCAGAAGUUCGAUGACAUCUAUUGCACCUAUAUGCUCCUAGGAUUAUCAAAUACCGGCUCAAAAUCUGUGGCUUCCUUGCCGGAUACACCAUUUUCUUCUGCGGUUCUUCCUGUUCCUGCAACUCCGAACAAGGUUACUGUGACUCAAGUCUCCUUUGAUCUAGACAAUAAUGUUCCCAUCCAUUCUGCCGCUGCUACCAGUCGUCCCAUAGCUCCACGUUUGGCAAAUGCCAUCCUUACGCCCAUCUCGGAACCACCACCCAAAUUUACAAAACGCACAACUCACAAGACCACCGCUCCUUUAACCGGACAGGGACGUUAUGAGCCCUCAAGUCAGCUGCUGACUCCAUUGCCUAAAACAGGGGCCAGUGCAUUCGGGGAUGUGAAACCAACACUACUGAGUGCCCAACGAAAGUUGGCCCUAACCCAGAGGAUCAACAACACCCCAACCCGGAAACAGCAUACCGUUUCGCAAGCAUCAAACCAAGAUCCGGGAUCUACUAGAAGACUUAUGAACCAUCAAGAGAAGGCUGCGAGCCACUUCAAAACCUCCCCGAUACCCUCUAAUGACAUAAAAAUGAACUCACGAAUUGGCUUCUUCUCCAAGUUGUCCGCCCGCUUAGCUCGAAGGAAUAUCCAGCAGGACCUAAAGGAAAUCAACGGCCAUGUCAAAAAAACUGGCAAAUAGCCAGGUGCCGAGGAUAGAAAAUAAGAAAAGCCCAACCCUGAACUUACAACCGCAAGUGAUACAGUAGACCCUUCCCGAACGGACGAUCGACCUUGAAUAUGUGUUACGAGCUGAGGUGAUCGUUCUGAACUGAUCUUGAAACUUGACUGUCAAAAAAAAAUUUAAAUAAAUUUAAUCGAUCGCUUUA